AUGGUCCCGCAGAAACAGGUUUUGAGGAGGCAGGUGAAACAGGCGUUGCGUGCGAUCACGCAACGGGAGCUCGUGCAGCAGAGCGAGACUCUCUCGAGACUUGCGCUUCGGGUGAUCGAUGCGCAGGGGUACAGGCACGUCGCGUGCUUCUUGAACAUGGAGCACAGCGAGGUGAAGACCGAGCCGCUGCUCGAGUCGCUGUUUCGAGAGGGCAAGACGGUGUACUUGCCUCGGUGCACGACGACUCGGGUUUCGAAGCAGAAGAUAUUGCGUGGGAAUCAGGCAGACCAGCAGGCAGACCAGCAGGCAGGUCACCACGCACACCUCACCUUCUAUGCGAUGAGCUCCAUCGAGCAGGUGCGGGCGUUGAAACCGCAGGGCAAGUACCAAUUGCGGGAGCCCCAAGCAGUGGACCCUGAGCCGCUUCCACCGCAGGAACUAGAGGUGAUUCUCAUGCCCGGAGUUGCGUUCUGCAAGAAGAACGGCGCACGCAUGGGCCAUGGGGCCGGCUACUACGACGACUACAUCACCAGGCACUUGCACUACACGGGCAAGAAGCCGCUGCUCGUCGGGCUGGCGUUGAAGGAGCAGCUGGUCGACGACGUGCCCGUCGAGGAGCACGACUACACCGUCGACUGCCUGGUCUCCGGCGAUGGGGAAGUCACUUGGUAUGGGCCCCGGCCCAGCCCAGACAGGAGCAAGAAGGAUCAUAAAUAA